GACCUCUUCGAUACCGACCCAGGAGCCUUCGUCGGCCUGCUCGUCCGGCAGCUAUCGGCCAAGCAAUACAGCCGCAUUGGUCUAACCGCGAAUCCCCUGGGCGGGCAGACGCUUAAGACCACAGAUCUUACCGCGCCGAGCUACGCAGAUCUGCCGAUGGACUUACAGGCAGGUGACACUGCAAAUGCACAGAACUGCUCGGAACUGUGUGUCGAGGACUUGCGGUGUGUGGCUUGGACCUACGUGCGGAAGAGCUCGGACUCGCAUGGAA